CCGACGAAAUAAGAGCCGGAAUCAUGAGGAAAUAUCAGAUUUACGUGAUUUGUUUUGUUGUUUUGGCUUUUGCCGCUGCCACAGCUACAAGAGUUUGCAGCAACAGAAAUAUCUUGUGCUCUGUGGUUAGAUCAACUAGUUGUUCAAAGAAAAUCGUUUCCAGUCAUUGCCCAAGGCUUUGCAACACAUGUGGAGCAAAAUGUCGAAACAUAAAGGCGUCAAUGCGCGUUGAUUGUGGCUACCAUGGAAUUAGUCCGUUGGAUUGCUUGAGAAAGGGAUGUUGUUAUGGCGAAUUAAAGGUGGCUGGCCCGUGGUGUUAUCAUCGAAAAGCAAACUGUCCCAUGAUUGAAGCAAACAAACGUGAAGAUUGUGGUUACCCUGGGAUAAGCAAAUCAGAUUGCGUCAAAAAAGGAUGCUGUUACAACGCGAUCAAGGAAAAGGGACCGUGGUGUUAUUACAGGCAAGAAAAAUGCCGGAAAAUAGCAGCAACAAGACGUCAUGAUUGUGGUUAUCCAGGCAUAACGAAGCGGGCAUGCGAGAAGAAAGGCUGUUGUUAUAGUGAAUUGCUAAACCAAAGUGGACCGUGGUGCUACCACCGCCUAGGUAAGCAUAGAAGUACGCUCUCCACAUUCGUCGCAAAAUAACAUAAUGCGCGAUCC